GUUCAAGUUAUUCUGCAUCAAAUAAACAACUGGUAUUAAACUAACGAAACGUAUCCAUCCUUACAUAUGUUACAAACAAAAUACAAUAAAGUGCUUCUGCUUAGUAUAAAUAUUGGAUUUUUACGCCUGCCACACGAAGUGUAAGGUGCUUAUUCCGGUGAGGCCAAGGUAUUUUAAAUAGAGAGGUGGUGUCUUAAAGGCUUUGAGAGGUCGCCAUAUUGGAUAUUUUUGACUUCGGUCGCUCGUACCAUUAUGAAACAUUAGAAAGAACUUUGGAAAUAUUUGCAUAAACUUCAACUUUCGUGCCACUUUUUGUGAAUUUUAACUGUCGUAAUACCACAGAAAAGCGAAAACAGCUCCGAAAACUGCGUUCCCGAAGUAAACAUAAACAGAGAGACCUAACUGUCAAAAUCUGAAGUUUUUUCUAAAAUCCGAUCGGGGUUAUGUUCUACAAGAAGCCAUCUCUUUUUUAACAUCUUGCAUUUUGUGCGAAAUUACUGCACUUUUUGUUUUCAAGCAUCUUGAGUACCCUUUGAAAUGUGUGCUGGAUAGUCCUGUUGUUAGUUGUCGCGUAUAAAUAACUUUGAUAAGUCGCAUGAAACUUGUGUGUUUAGGUGGAAUUGAAAUCGAAAAAAGUAUAGCAAAAGUAAAUGUUCCGGUAGUUUUUAUAUUGUGAAGUAUAUACACUUGAAUACUCAAAUAAGACCAAGAAACAACCAUUGCACGAUCAUUUGCUGUUAUCGUGCUUUUUUCUCGUUGUAGUACUGCAAACAACUAGAAGGAGCCUGAGGAUGAAUGAUCUGUAGAAAACAAACAUAAAGUUGUUGUAUUGAUAAUUGGAGGUUUUGUUUGACUAAGUCAACCUACCUGCGUUAUCUUUACCAAGAAUGCUCUCGGUGACUUUCUGUUAUUAAAAUGAGCGGUAAGAUAUAUCUGACGUGAGUAGGUGGUAUCGAUGUCCAGAUACACUAUUUAUGUUUUGGAUGUUUAAGAAACAAGGGCGUACAUUAAUAAUCGUUUUUGUUUCAGUCACGGUAACGUACUGUGCUGACCGCUAUUGAUGCCACAAAGUAGAGGAUAGGCUCGAUUAUCGUUCUGCACCGAUAUAACGAAAAGAUCGUCCAGACAAUUACCCUGCUGCGCUGGCUGUAACUCGAACAGUAUAAACUCUAGCAUCACUUGUCUUACAGUAUGCUCUAGCAUAACAGUGAAGCUGCACGGUAUCGUUGAGAUUAUAUCCGACGAGAAGGACGCGUGAAAGAAACUCACAUUCUGUUCCGUUUGAGUAUUGCAACCAUAUUGAACUGCAAACAAUCAACAAAUGCAGUAUCGUGAUCAGGCUAAUGAACAAAUUCCAACGAGUGGACAUCGAAAAUGAUAAUUUACAAACGCAACAAACACUAUAUCCAGCAAAGUGAAGUGAUAUUUGCGUAUUUAACUACUAUGUAGUUUGGCCUAGGAUAAUUUUUGCUAGCGCUUUAAUCGCAUCCUGAAGCUAUAGUCUAUAUAGUCACACCAAUGGUUUUGAUUCUGCUGCGGGUAUGUUGUACUGAGCUGUCCUUGUUACAGCGGCCGAGGCAACCAGUAAUUUGCUGAGUGUCGCGUUAUACCAUCUUUCCAAUCGAAGGUAAUUGAGAAUGCUGUACUACUGUAAUACUAAGGUAUACAAUGUGGCUCCUUUAUUUUUUAAGGGUCCCAUAAGCGAUAAGUUUUCUGGAUCUGCCAUACAAAGUGGUCGCUUAUGAGCACCUUAGAAAAUUAAAUUGAGCUAUAAGUGAAGAAAGGUGGCCAGCAAAACAAUUCUAAAAUUAUAAUUAUGCAUAAAAAUGUUGUUUUUAAAUUUGCAAGGUUUUUGAAUUAUUACUCUACCUUGAAGCGCGCUUAUGAAAACCUCAAGCUUUAUCUUAUCUCGAUUUGUAUUCAUUGAACCGAUGUGGGUGAUCGAAUAAGAUGAUGAUAAUUGGAAAGAAUAAGAUUACGUACGAAGCCAAUGAAAAUAGUGUCACUAAUGUUUGUUGAUCUUCUUAGCUAUAAAUUACAAAAACAAUGGGUUCUGAACAGUCUGCGCAAUUGCAUCAACAGCAAGUAACAGAUGGCGCCGUGAGUGACGGUAGUAAUCUGCGCAGUGGUAAUCUUCAUCGGAACUCUGGUAAUGACUCCUCGAUGCGAAGCACUACAUCAACAACAAUGACUUGUUCCAAGCUCCAGCGUGGUAACACAAUUGCUGUGUCAGGAUCCGGAUUAUCUUCCGGAAGUGAUCCAUCAAAUGAUAGAAAUAGUUUGCCACUGGCUGGCGUACCGUCUUCCCCCUAUAUAUGUGACUCUCGGCCUGUUUCACCCCCGAUGAGUGUCUGCUCAGAUUCGGAACUACCUUACAUAUCGUACACUGACAAACCGAUAGGAGAUUCACCCAAACUACGAAACAAGCAACAGGCAAAAGUAAAUUCACGUCCGAACAGUACGCUCGCUAUGAAUCGCUCCGCAGCAUCGCAGCCAGAGCACAUAGCUGAUCUGUUGGCUAGAGGAGGUCGACUUCGAACAAGACCCCUUUCUGGCAGUCACAACAUCGUAGUCGUUAAAUCGGCAAUCAUCAAAGAGGUUGGCAUAGAAAAGGAUGAUGAUAUUCUACGAUUGAAGAGUGUGCCCAUGUUUUUACCAGUGAUGCGUGGUACACUUUCACUGCCAGCGAUUCGUGAACCAGACGUGCUCGAGCGGCUUCAGCAAACUCAUUUAGUAAACAUGUGCAGUCGUUUGCAAUUACAUUUCAACACUUGUGCUUUGCAUGUCUCAUCCGAACAGCAGCAAAUCACUAACAGCAUCAAAGAAGUUGACCAAGAGAUAUCGAGCGCGUUAGCACAGUUAGUACAGAAGCAGAAGUUGUAUACGUCUUACGCUGAAACCUUCUCCAAAAUACGGCUGAUUUCACAACAAUUAACGCGUUGCAACGACAUUCUUAAUCAAAAUAUUGAAAGCAUGGAAUAUCUGAACAAUUUGUUGAAUGUCGAGGAGCGACUUGAGCCUUUUGUAUGGAAAACCUAGUAGUGCAACCGCAUAGCUAAGCACAUUGCUUUUACGCACCAGAUAACUGUUGCAAAAGACAGAUGCGCUCUAGCUGAACGGUUAUGUGCGUGAGAAAUGGCGAUCUCUACAACUCUGGAAGUGUAUUUGUUAUUCAUGGAAAAAACUUGUAAACUCGUAUUCAAUCUUGAUCAGAUGUGAUUGAAUUGGCAAUCGGAAUAUUCAUUUUUAGUUGCAUAUCAAUUUAUUUAUCCAUUAGUAGGUAUUUAACUAUAUAUAAUGUGUUUAAUUAGUGAAGAACGUGAUACGACCGUGAAGAAAUUUAGCCCCAUUUUAUGUCGCAAAUUUCAGCACCCACUAGCAUAAUGUGUAAGCGAACGGGAUCAAAGAAGUUGACGUCUCAAAGCCAAUCACAUACAAGCCAUCCGGUGAAUGAUAAAGAGUAGGGGCAGAUGAUUUUAGGAUGUGAGAUAAAAAGGAUGAUGAAGGUGGUGUAGAAGUAACAACAGGAGGCUAGUAUAGCGAAAAGUGUGUUUACUUUAAUGUUUUUGUUUGGGAUAUAAUCAAGUGCAUUAUUAAAGGCACUGAUACACAAGAUUCAAAAUUUUCAUCAUUGAUUUUUUCAUGUUUUUUGUUUCCUAUUAUUUUGUGCCAUUUGCAUCACGCACGAGUUUGGAUCCCUCGUGCCGAUUUAUCACUACUAUUGGAGAGAUUGUAUUUUUAUUCUAUUAGUUUUAAAAAAAGGAAAGCAAUUAAAGCAAUCCUCAUUAGUUGUGUUCAUUCUCCGGAGGUGGUAUAAUAUUGUUGGCAUUGGUUGCGGAACCAGCUAGACUCGUUGCCAUCGUAAAAUUUCUACGCAAAUAUAGUAAACGAAUAAGAGUGCACCGAUCUGAAGCAGUCGUUUGAUCAAGAACAAUCGUUGUAGUUUUUUGCGUGCCUGGUCCAUGCUCUCCAGCCCGUCCUUUAACACAAACCGCCGGAUUCCAAGCAUGUACGCCUCUAUGUAAGACUCCCAUUCGAGCCCAGAAACGUCGCAACAGAACUCAUCGCCGGCAACGUCUUGUCGGACUAAGGUUCCCAAGUGGCGCAGAUUGUCGUUGCGGAAGGUCCAUUCGUGCAUGGCGAAGAACUCACCGGUAUCAGCUGCCUUUUGGAAACGCUUUGCGAUCUUCGCCAUAAUCGGUUUUGUGCCCCGU